AUGUCCUUGCCAGCCAGCACCACAUCCAAAUAUCCCUCCCUAAACAAAUUCAAAGAUGAGAAUUAUGUCGAAUCCCACGAUGGACGCGAAAUCGCUCUGCUCAAGCACAUUUACAGUCAUCCGGACUUAAAUGAACUCCGCGGCUCGCCUUCAAACAUUCUUCGUGUGAUAGACGAAUUCGCCGCCCAGCAAGACUUUUUAAUCAACAUCGGCCCCGAUAAAGGCGAUAAGGUUCAAAAAUUAAUAGAAGAUGAGAAACCGACCGUUUUGGUUGAGCUGGGCGGAUAUGUCGGCUAUUCAUCGAUAUUAUUUGCGGAGGCUAUGCGUCGAGCCCAUGGAGGGACUAAACAAGACUUGAGAUUCUGGAGUUUGGAGUUUGAUCCUCUGAUGGCUUCUAUUGCCAUGAACUUCAUCGACCUAGCGGGUUUGAGCGAUAUCGUGACGGUGGUGGUGGGAUCAGCUGCAGAUUCGAUAAAAAGACUUCAUGCAGAGAAGAAGUUGACAACAAUUGACUUUUUGUUCUUGGAUCAUGUUGAGGAUCUUUAUAUAGAUGAUCUCAAAGUUUGCGAGAACCUCUCUCUCUUGAGACCAGGAUCAAUGGUUGUGGCUGACAAUGUCCUUCGGCCUGGAGCUCCUCAGUACCGUGAAUACGUUCGGCAGCAUAUCGGUAUGGAAAGUUGGAGCGUCAAGGGGCUGAUAAUUCCCGGCGAUUAUGAGGAUGAACUUGAGGUUUCCAGGAUCAAGUAG